AUGCAGGCAUUCAGUGCACUGCCUGUCUUCCUGUGCCCUGCCCUUGACGGCACCAUGGCAGCGUCUUCCGCUGCGAUCCCGUAUCGACUGCGAACGUCCUACGUUGCCUUGAGUAGACGGUCCUUCUCCAGCAGCCCUACCCAACCAUCUUCGUCUCAGUUUCACCGAUCCGAUUUUGUCAACCAACCCUUCACCGGGUCAUACGAGCCCGGACAACCCACCAGCGGGCCGUUGGGCGGGGCGUCUUACACUACACCCAGACUUACCCCUAAGAUGCUGAAGCAGCAUUUGGAUCAGUUUGUCGUUGGGCAGGAGAGGAGCAAGAAAGUGCUAAGUGUGGCUGUAUUUAAUCACUAUCAGAGGAUACAAGAGUUACAACGGAGGGAAGAAGAGGAGGAAGAAUUAAUGGCACAACGAGAGCGAAGAGAGCGCCACCCAGUCGAGGACGAAUUUCCCGGCCAACAAUCUACAGUCCGAAUGAGCAAUAGCCGCGCCUCUUCAGUCAACGGACGCCCGAGUGGAAUGCCCUUGAUAGAUACAAGCCCACUUACGCUCGACAAAUCAAAUAUACUGCUGCUCGGCCCCAGUGGCGUCGGUAAGACACUCAUGGCUAAAACAUUGGCAAGAGUGUUAUCAGUACCGUUCUCCAUGUCGGACUGCACGCCUUUCACACAAGCAGGCUAUAUAGGCGAAGAUGCCGAAGUCUGUGUCCACCGUUUACUGGCCGCUGCGAACUACGACGUGGAGAGAGCAGAACGGGGAAUCAUAUGUCUGGACGAAGUGGAUAAGAUUGCCACAGCAAAAGUCAGUCAUGGGAAAGAUGUUUCCGGCGAGGGUGUACAGCAAGCUUUAUUGAAGAUCAUCGAGGGGACAACCAUUCAGAUACAGGCUAAACCUGAACGCAAUGCUCCUCGGGCUGGCGGCCAGUCACAGAGUUACCCGACCAAUAGUCCUUUAGGUGCUGGGUUUUCAUCAGGAGGACCGGGCGCUGCAGCUACACCUGCGAAGGGCGAAGUUUAUAACGUCAGAACAGACAAUAUCCUGUUUAUCUUCAGCGGUGCCUUCGUCGGCCUCCAAAAGCAUGUCCUGGACCGGCUGACGAAAGGAAGCAUCGGGUUUGGUGCCAGCGUGCGCUCGAGCUCCAAUUUACGGUCAUACGCCCGCGACCAGAAGUCUACAGACAACGCUCCGGUGCCCAUUUUACCCGGUUCACAGGAAGAAGAGCUAUACCGGAAGCACUUGCCGUUCUUUACUCCCACCCCCUCGCCAGAUGACCAUACCGCAGAUGGCACGUCGGCUGAGCUGAAUUACUUCAACCCUCUGGACUUGGUUACUCCGGCGGAUCUCCAAUCUUACGGCUUCAUUCCAGAACUCAUUGGGCGGAUACCAACCACAACGGCAUUGUCGGCGCUGACACAUUCCAUGCUCUUGCGAAUAUUGACAGAGCCUCGGAAUAGCCUUGUGGCUCAAUAUGUUACAUUGUUCUCUCUAUCUGGUAUUGAGCUGCGAUUCACCACCCCUGCCUUGCACGUUGUUGCCUCAAACGCGCUCACUAUGGGCACCGGAGCACGAGCCUUGCGGACCGAGAUGGAGACCAUUCUUGGAGAUGCUAUGUUCGAAGCACCCGGGAGCAGUGUGAAGUACGUAUUGGUUACCGAACGCGUAGCGAAACGUGAGGAAGGCGCAGUCUAUUUUGGCAGAGGUCAGGGUGGAAAGUUUCACGCAAUGAUUGCUCAGGAAGAAGGUGAUUGGGAAGACCAACAGAAGCGCAGGGGACCCAAGAAGAGUGAGAACAUGACUGCUAGCUUUGAAGAUUGGAGGACCAAAACCACGAUGGCAGUUGGAAGUGGUGGUUGA